AUGAGUGUAGUAGAAUUCUUUACACACGUUAAAACAAUAUGGGACGAAAUGGACAAUUUUGUUAAUAUUCCAACUUGUGAUUGUUGUGAAAAGUGUGAACUCAAUCCGAAAGUUCUCAAGAUCCAAACUGACCAAAGGAUCUUGCUUUUUUUAAUGAAAAUAGAUGAUAAGUUUGAACAUGUUCGAUCAAACAUUUUAAUGAUGCCAGAAUUGCCGGGGGUAUUUCAAGUCUACCGCAUCCUUCAACAAGAAGAAACUCACAAACAACUAAGCAAACAAUACAAUUCGGCACCUGCUAAACCAAGUGCUUUCUUUUCUUCUAAAAGAGAUUUUCACACUAACAUAGAAUCAUUCUCUUCGAAAGCUUUUUUCAAGAACAAUAAAAAUCACAGUAAUGGAAUCAAGAAGAUUUUUUUUUGUGAUCAUUGCAAAAAUACAGGUCAUACUAUAAACAAGUGUUACAAACUACAUGGAUAUCCAAAUCAGAAUAAAGGUAAAAAAUCUACUGCUUUUGCUUGUGCUGAUGAAGAGUCGACAUUGCCUCCUGGAAUGACCGAAGACCAAUUUUCAAGAUUUCUCUCCUUCAUGGCUCAAGAAAAACAAGAGACUGCCCAAGAAAACACAACCUAUCAUACUGAGUUAGCUAAUUCUUCAAACUUUGCAGGAAGGAAAAUAUAUCUUCAAUCUAUUGCUAAUCCUCAUGAUGAGGGUAUUAGUCUAUCUUUUUUCCUGCCCUCUCCAGACCCCUGUCUUGGACGGGACUCAGGUGAUGAUGAAUUACUAUAA